AUGGAAUCGAUUCUUGAGCCUUCGUUGCCGCCUGAGGCCGUGGCGCUCUUCAACUCCGUGGGCUAUACCUUCGUGGGUCUAGUGCUAAGCCUCAGCGUCUUCCUCUGUGUACGGAAAUUCCUCUUCUUCCUCACGUGGCGCAGCUUCCGCGACGGUCCGUACGUCAUCGGCCAACACCAAUGGAGACCAGGAAACCUUGCCGGUCCGCAAUGGUGCAACGUGUGCGAAGCUAUCGUUUAUGGUAUUCGGAGCUACGUGGUCAAGUGCGACAUCUGUGGCAUGUACGCACACGCGCAAUGUGCAGCCACCACAAUGCGCUUCAAAAGCGUAAACGGAUCCUUAUCUACUUCCGAAUCGUCUCUAUCAUCAUCUUGCUCCUGUAGAGCUCCUGGGGUACUGCCACCGUCUACUUUGGUAGCUUCAGAUGACAAAGUGGUCACUCAACAGCAACGUCACAUGUGGAUCAAAGGCAACAUCGACCCGAUGGAUUCGUGUUCACUAUGUGGUUUAUUCUGCGGCAGUAUCUUAGCACUGUCCGGUCUUAAAUGCUCCUGGUGUCACGUUCGAGUACACGAAGAAUGCUUCCAACAGGCUCUAGCUCGUACCCACAAGCCUCCACUACUACGUCGUUGCGACCUCGGUAGACAUGCGAGCCUCAUCUUACCUCCUUCAUGCGUAAUCUUACACGAACCAGUCUCCAUCGCCAGCAAGUCACAACGUGCACUUAAUUCAGUACGUAGUGCAGUAUCCAAGAUGUCAAAUAUUCGUCUACGACGCCCCAGUGGCGCUACCGACGCCCAUGCUCCACCUACAAGCAACUUCCGCAGUUCUGGAUGGGAAAAUGCACUCGUAGCCGCAUCCAGCGUCGUCUCUGGCUCGGACGGACUUCCGUAUGAUCUGGUGGAGACCUCUAAGGAAACCACGCCGCUAUUGGUCUUUAUUAACAGUCGCAGUGGUGGCAAGAUGGGGCUUCAUGUUCUGCGUCAAGUGAGAAUGUGGCUGAACCCCUUACAAGUCCACGAUUUAUCGCAUCAAAGCCCCAUUGAACCUUUACGUAGGUUUAUUGGCCUCCCGAGACUUCGCAUUUUAGUAUGUGGAGGUGACGGAACUGUGGGGUGGGUACUUGGUGCGUUGGACGAGAUCGGAGCUCAGAGGCAGCCUCCUAUCGCGGUAUUACCGUUAGGAACCGGUAAUGACUUGGCACGUGUGCUUGGUUGGGGAGCUGGAUUUUCAGCGCCCACAGAUGUCAGUGAAAUACUCAGCGAAGUGGAAGCAGCCCAUGUGAGUCUUCUGGACCGAUGGCAAGUGAACAUUGGAGACUCUCAGAAGCGGGUUGUAUUGAAUAAUUACGUGGGUGUGGGUGUGGAUGCCCAAGUGGCGUUGGAGUUCCACGAACAACGAGAACGUUCGCCUGGAUUAUUUAUGAGUCAGUUUGUGAAUAAACUCUGGUACAGUCAAUUUGGAGCCAAGAAUUUCCUGGCUCGUACGUGUGCUGGUUUACCGGAGAAGAUAAUUCUUGUUUGUGACGGAAAGCGUAUCCCUCUUCCAGUGGGUACCGAAGGUGUCAUUUUACUUAACAUUAACAGUUAUGGUGGUGGCUCGAAACUUUGGCAUGAUGAUGUGGAAUCUGACAAUGAAGACUCCGACUCGGCGAGUGAGACAGAUGACGAUGAUCGUAGUCGGUCCAGUAGUAUUGAUAGCUUGGAUACCGGUACUCGCUUCGGUCCUUCAUCUCCUCACGACGGAUUGUUGGAUGUUGUCGCAGUGUAUGGGACUCUACAUCUCGGACAAAUGCAAGUGGGAUUGUCAAAAGCCGUACGUUUGUGUCAAGCCAAGUCAGUGCGGAUCACACUGAAAGAGACAUUACCGGUACAAAUAGACGGCGAACCGUGGUUGCAGAAUCCAGGUGAGAUGGAGCUUUCGUUCUUCCAACAAGCAUUCAUGUUAAGUAGAACUGUGGAGGAGCGAGAUGUGGUGACGAAGAAGGUUGGAGAAGUGUUGGAUUGGGCUGAGCACUCCCAUGUCAUCACUUCCACGCAGCGCGAUGUCUUGUUAGUUGAGAUCGCACGACGUGUGGCGGAUAGCGCUGCUUCUAGACGACCUGCAGGUUCUCGAGCUAUUCUGUCAACAGAUAGGGCCAACGGUAGUCACUCGUUUGUUUCCGACAGAUAG